AAUACACCAAAUAAAUAGAGAUGCCCCGAACAAAUUUUCUUCAGAAGUCAAAUUAGUUCGGUCAACAACAGUAAAUAUCAAAUUAAUGUAGGAUGAUAGUACAAUUAUUUAACAGAUGUGGCCGGGACUCAUAGAGAACGCCAAGAAAGGUGGCCUUGAUGUCAUACAAACAUACGUCUUCUGGAAUGUCCAUGAGCCUAUCCAAGGUCAGUAUAACUUUGAAGGUAGAUAUGAUCUGGUGAAAUUCAUCAGAGAAGUCCAUUCCCAAGGCCUCUAUGUAAGCCUCCGGGUUGGCCCCUUCGUCGAGGCGGAAUGGAAAUACGGGGCCUUGCCAUUCUGGUUACACAGCGUCCCAAACAUCACCUUCAGAAGCGACAAUGAACCCUUCAAGGUACAUAUGCAAAAUUUUGUUGCAAAAAUAGUUAAAAUGAUGAAGGAUGAAAAAUUGUAUUAUCCACAAGGAGGUCCAAUAAUCAUAUCACAGAUUGAGAACGAAUAUAAGCUAGUUGAGGCAGCAUUCCAUUCCCGGGGACCACCUUAUGUUCAGUGGGCAGCAGCAAUGGCUGUAAACCUCCAGACGGGUGUUCCAUGGAUGAUGUGCAAGCAGGAUGAUGCUCCAGAUCCAAUUAUUAAUACCUGCAACGGCCUCAUCUGUGGGGAAACAUUUCUUGGGCCAAAUUCGCCUAAGAAGCCAGCUUUGUGGACAGAAAAUUGGACAUCUCGCUAUCCUUUAUAUGGUCAUGACCCAAGAUUCAGAUCAGCAGCAGAUCUUGCCUUCGCAGUUGCACUUUUCAUAGCAAGAAAAAAAGGAAGCUUUGUAAACUACUACAUGUACCAUGGUGGGACAAACUUCGGAAGGUUUGCAUCCUCUUAUGUAACAACAAGCUACUAUGAUGGAGCUCCACUUGACGAAUAUGGUUGCAGGACAGUAGUAUUCGAAACAGCCAAGGUGAGCUACUUACCUGCAAUUCUUCAGCCGUUCAAGAUAAAUGCACAACAUGGUUUAAGAACAGCACAAAUAGUCCAGCCUCUGAAUGAUGUUGAUAACUGGAAAAUAUUCAAAGAACCGAUUCCUCAGGAAAUUAGUAACACAACACACACAGGAAAUCGAUUUUUUGAACAUCUCUCAACUACAAAAGAUGAAACAGAUUAUCUCUGGUACCUUUCUAGGUAUGAUUAUAGAUCAAAUGGGCAUGGUCAGCUAGUGCUUAAUGUGGAGUCACAAGCACAUGUUUUACAUGCUUACAUCAACAACGAUUAUUUAGGUAGUGUGCAUGGGAGUCAUGAUGGACCUAAAAGUAUCAUUCUCAAGACACCUAUUACGCUUAAGGAAGGACACAACUCCAUAUCGCUGCUAAGUGUCAUGGUUGGAUCACCGGAUUCUGGGGCUUACAUGGAGCGAAGAACCUUUGGAGUUCGUAAAGUGAGCAUACAACAGGGACAUCACAAAUCACACUCUCUGAAUAAUGAGCUGUGGAAACACCAAGUUGGUUUAUCAGGAGAAAUGAAUAGUAUCUACACACAGGAUGGAUCAAAUCAUGCUCAGUGGACAACCAUUGAUAAGUCCACGCACCUUCCACUUAUCUGGUACAAGACAACGUUUGACAUGCCAUGGGGGAAUGACCCAGUCACGCUGAAUCUCAGCAGUAUGGGAAAGGGCGAGGUGUGGAUCAAUGGAGAGAGCAUCGGACGGUAUUGGGUCUCCUUCAAGACCCCUAGUGGACAACCAACCCAAUCCUUGUACCACAUACCACGAUACUUUCUGAGGCCUAGAGAGAACAACCUUGUCCUCCUGGAGGAAAUGGGUGGUGAUCCGCUACAUAUAACCGUGAACACAAUGUCAGUUACCAGAGUAUCUAGUAGUGUGAAUGAGUUAUCUAUCCCGUCACUCCUGUCACGCAGAAAGCACCCAGCAGUUCGCCUCAGGUGCCAGGAGGGCAAGCACAUCACAGAUAUUGAGUUUGCGAGCUACGGAAAUCCGGUCGAGGACUGCAGAAGCUCUGGCAGGAGAUGCCUCGGGAGUUGCCACGCAGAGACGACAGAGUUUGUCGUAAAGGAUGCAUGCCUAGGCAGGAGGAAGUGCGCUAUUCCAGUACGGCCUGCCAAGUUCGGAGGUGACCCGUGCCCCGGAAUCGAAAAAUCUCUUUCGGUUGUGGCAACCUGCGGAUGA